CUGAAAGCGCUCAGCAGCUCACACCAGACACACACACACACACACACACACACACACACACACACACACACACACACACCAGUGCAGCCCGCCGAAGGAUUUGCGUGUUUCUCCACUCACUGUCUGCCUUCACAAUAAACCCUGGAUAUUGUUGAUCGCCGCUAAAGACUUAAGGACUGAGGCCCAGAGCAGAUAUCCAGCAGUUACUGCUCAGCAUCUGCCGUACAGCUUCAUCCAUCCACCUCUUCUCCACUCUCUGUAUCGCCUCCUUUUUGGCUCCGACAGACUUCCUCUCACUACCCCCCCCCGUCCCCCUCCCGACCCUCGGCCUCCCCGAUGCCUAAGAACAGCAAGGUGACGCAGCGCGAGCAGAGCCAGGAGCACGUCACAGAGUCUGUGGCCGAUCUGCUCGCACAUGAGGAGACGCUCGACUACAAGAACAGCUCCCUGAACGUCGGAGGGGUCGCCGGGAAAAAGGUCCCACAGAUAGAGGUGCCAGAAGACGAUGGACGCCCCGCUUGGAACAGCAAGCUGCAGUACAUCCUGGCUCAGGUGGGCUUCUCCGUGGGCCUGGGGAAUGUAUGGCGCUUCCCUUACCUGUGCCAGAAGAACGGAGGAGGUGCCUACCUCGUUCCCUAUUCCAUCCUCCUCCUCCUCAUCGGCAUCCCGCUCUUCUUCCUGGAGCUGGCUGUGGGUCAGAAGAUCCGGCGUGGGAGCAUCGGCGUCUGGAACUACGUCUGUCCCAGUCUUGGCGGUAUCGGGGUGUCCAGUCUGAUGGUGUGUGGCUUUGUGGGCCUCUACUAUAACGUCAUCAUCGGAUGGAGCAUCUUCUAUUUCUUCCAGUCCUUCCAGUAUCCUCUUCCCUGGAGCGAAUGUCCAAUCCGGAGGAACGGGACACUUGCCAUCGUGGAGCCGGAGUGUGACAAAAGCUCGGCCACCACCUACUUCUGGUACCGUCAGACUCUGAACAUCACCAGCACCAUCGCAGAGAGCGGCGGUCUCAACGUGAAAAUGACCAUGUCUCUGCUGGUGGCCUGGAUCAUUGUCUGCCUCGCUGUCAUCAGAGGGAUCGCCUCCUCUGGCAAGGUGAUGUACUUUAGCUCGCUUUUCCCCUACGUGGUGCUCUUCUGCUUCCUGGUGCGAGGUUUGAUGCUGAAGGGCUCAGUGGACGGUAUCGCCCACAUGUUCACUCCCAAGUUGGAGAAGAUGCUGGAGCCUCAGGUGUGGAGGGAAGCGGCCACCCAGGUCUUCUUCGCCCUUGGUCUGGGGUUCGGAGGAGUCAUAGCCUUCUCCAGCUACAAUAAGAUCGAUAACAACUGUCAUUUUGAUGCAGUGCUCGUCUCUUUCAUCAACUUCCUCACUUCCAUUCUGGCCACGCUGGUGGUGUUUGCCGUGCUGGGCUUCAAGGCCAACAUCAUGAAUGAAAAGUGUGUCGUGGAGAAUGCAGAGAAGAUCCUGGGAUACCUCAACUCUAACGUCCUGAGCCACGAUCUCAUCCCCCCACACGUAAACUUCUCCCACCUCUCCACAUCAGACUACGCCGAGAUGUACGGCGUCAUCAAGACGGUGAAGGAGGGCGGCUUCGCCCAGCUCGGUCUGGAGCCUUGUCUCCUGGAGGAUGAGCUCAACAAGUCUGUUCAGGGCACCGGCCUGGCCUUCAUCGCCUUCACAGAGGCCAUGACCCAUUUCCCGGCGUCUCCGUUCUGGUCGGUAAUGUUCUUCUUCAUGCUCAUCAACCUCGGUCUGGGCAGCAUGAUCGGCACCAUGACCGGCAUCACCACACCCGUCCUCGACGCCUAUAAGGUCCAGAAAGAGCUUUUCACAGUGUGUUGCUGCAUAGUGGCUUUCUUCCUCGGCCUGUUGUUUGUUCAACGCUCAGGGAAUUACUUUGUCACAAUGUUUGAUGAUUACUCCGCCGGACUGCCUCUGACAGUGGUGGUCAUCCUGGAGAAUGUGUCUGUGGCUUGGAUUUAUGGCACGAAAAGAUUCAUGCAGGAUCUGGAGGACAUGUUGGGUUUUCGACCAUGUAUAAUUUAUUUCUACCUGUGGAAGUACGUCUCCCCUCUGUGUCUCAUUGUGCUCAUCUCAGCCACUGUCAUAGAGAUGGCCAUCAGUCCCCCGGGAUACAAUGCCUGGGUCCAAGAGCUGGCCCAGGAACGCUUUGAGAGCUACCCCCCCUGGGCACUGGCCAUGUGCUUCGCUCUCGUCAUCGUGGCCAUGCUUCCUCUUCCUGUCGUCUACAUCGCCCGCCACUUCAACCUGAUGUCCGACGGCUCCAACAAGCUGUCUGUCUCUUACCGUAAGACCAUGAUGAAGGACAUAUCCAACCUGGAGGAGCAGGACGAGUCCAGAUUCAUCCUCGGUGCCAAGCCAGGCGAGGCACCAUCAUCGGCUGCAGCCCGCGGGGGCUUCCUGACUCCAGGAAGCACCAAAACGCUGGACACCAACUCGCUGUCUCCAAACAUCUGCUACGGUACGAGCUACCAGAACGCUGCCAUCAGCCCCACCACACCGACCACCCCGGCCACCCCGAUCACCCCGAUCACCCCGAUCACCCCCGCCACACCGGAGUCUGACUCUUGACUGCUUUCUAAACAACCCUCUGACAUCACAGUUCCCCAUCCAGCCACAAAGUCCCCACCGCGAGUCACUGCAGAGCCCAGAAUCCCCACCACUGGCCUCCUGACGCCACAUAGCUGUAGGUAGCCGCCCAGUUUAUCGGAACACACGCUUCCCAAAAUAACACCCGCAAACGCACUGCAGCAGGAGGUAAAAAUAUCUAUUCUAUACAUAACAUGAAAGAGUUUAGGAAGAUGAAGUUAUGGGGUCUGCUUUUCUUUGCCUUCGUAUAAGGAUCCUCAGCAGACAGAGCCCUCCGCCCCCCCUCCUCACACACACACACACACACACACACACACACUUACACAGUUUAAAGCACAUCCCCGUCGGCACGUCGGAUUCAGGGGAUCUAAAAGAAUGAAUGUAGUGGAGCCGGUGUGAAACGGUUUCUUCUCUGCACACUGGGCAACGAGAGCCGAGAUGAAUGUCGUGAGUUUAAUUAUUUUAUGGAUUAAAGUCCUCUGUAGUGGUACGGUGUGUCAAAGCGACACAGUUAUUUUCUAUGGAGUUUUAUGCAGUGGUUUCAGUCGGUACGUACAUUGCGUCUACACAAGCAUCUUUGUUCUGAUGUUUAAGCUAGAAAACACUUUUCUCAGCGUGGAUCUGUUUUCAGGGCUCUGUGUAUUGUAAACUAUUAAGGCUGCGCUAGAGAUCCAUUUAUGUCCCGUUCCCUCUGUGAUUUGUGUGUAGACAGUAAACAGUGGUAUGCGGUAGAGUAGUGUGAUAGAGGAUAAAAGUAUUUAAUUAUCCACCACACACACAUUAUAACAUGUGAAAACAUGCAUUCCAGUCUCUCCACCAAAGGUACGUAGUAGACAACAGCAUCUCCAAAUUUAUUACCCAAAACAGAGAGGAUUUGCUGAAUUUGUUUGAAAGCAAACCACUUUCAACCGUUGUUUUAAGCACAAAAGACUGAAAAACAAGGCACUUAUUACCGUUCAGUGACAGAAAGCACAACUUUUUCAUGAGAAUUUGAAACAAAUGUUGAUUCCUAAAUAAACAAGAAAAUUUGAAAUUGUAAUAUUAAACUCCUUAAAUAACAUAGGAGGUACUUCUGUAAGCAUUGGACAAACAAAAUGUACAUACAUGCACAAACAACACAACAAUACGCACAACAAAUGCACACAGUUUCUGUGUAUGUGUGUAGUGAUAGACGUCAUUAAGUGUUAUUGAAAGAGAGUCUCCAUUGUGAUGAGGAUCGUUCACUCCUGGUUGAACUGACUCAUUAUUGGACACACUGGUAGCAAAUAGUUGUGCAACACGUUCAACAUGUUCACACUGAGCACACUCAAGUUACGUGGAAGAGGAGACCUUUAUUUAUUUUUUUAUCACAAUAUUUAAAGCCAUGGCGUUAAGGAUUAAAUGGACUAUAUUUAUAUUCCUGUAUAUUUGCAUUGUAGAUGUGAUGAACAACAAAGAUUUAUCUUUUAAAAGUGACCAGUAUAUAUUUUCAUCUUCUGUGACGGUUAUUAUUAAAUUGUAUAUCUAAAGUCCAUUUUCUAGUUUGUGUAGCUUCUUCUUUUUGUGCGAUGUAAAAAUGCUGGGAGGUGAUGUGCAACGUUUAUGGACACGGGUUGUCUGUUGUCUUCAUGAGAGCUGUUUGGUGACCUCCACUCUCACUUGGUCCCAUCACUUGUUUGUAGCCACACUAACCUCUACUCCACCUCCGGUGACCACGACUCCACCCAGCAGGUCACACCAUCCUCUUGUGCAACACUUUAGUUCAUAACAGGAUAUCUCUCAAAAUGUUUGCUGUCUGCCUCAGUCGUUUUGAGAGGAAGGCUAAAGUAGCUUGAUACUAAAUGUCAGCAGGUUGCUCCGCUGAUUGUAUGAAAACAGGGAAAGAUACAGUAGCUUUACGUGGACAAUAUUAUUAGCAUUCUGUUCAGCGUUUUAUUAAAUAGCCCCAUGUUAACAAAUUAGUUACUGGCACACAUUAAAAUGCGAACAAGUUUUUUACUCCAAUUUUACUUUCACGCAAUUUCAGCAGAAAAUAAAAAAAUAAAAACUGUUUGCCUUUCAUUCAUUUCAAAAGCUGAAGCUGUGUCAGUUUUGCUUAUUUGGAUGGUUCUUUAACAGGCGCCAUCAGCCACAUAACAGUGUAGCUUUUGAAUUAGCUGAAUUUAAUUAAUAAUGUGUUCAUUUGAUUUAGAUGCCAAUUGUUUUGUUAUUUUUUGUCACUAUUCCCAAUAUCCCGGACAUUGAAUACCUUACUUGAAGAAUAACAUACAUGUUCAUUUCAAGCCCACUUGCUUGUUAUUAUGGUCUUAAUGAUAUGACAGCUGAGUGUAACUUCAGCUGAAGCUGAUGAAUCAGCGCUUUCAGACUGAAAGAUCAGAUGGAGCACAUUCGGGAAAGUUUAUUUGGACGGAACAACAAUUGUGUUACGCGUCAGCUUGUUUGUUCUUAUUCCUUUUGCGACUGGAGAUGGAGUGAUACAUUCAGGCCCACAUGAUCACCCACCACGCUCAUGUUUUAACUCGAUUGUGUGUAAUCACACGGCAUCCAAAAUUCAAAACUCUCCAAUCUUUUUCCCCUCCAGAGAUGGAUUUAUUCCUUCAUUUUUUUUAAUCCAAUCAAAAGUUUUGUGUUACUUGUAUAAAGAACAUCACCGUCUAGUGUGGCUCCAAACGUUAUGUGUUGUUUUAUCUUGUCUUGUUUAAGUCAUUGUGAGCAGGCGCUUCCUGUUGGGAGUGUGUCAUGUAGAAAUCUCCCUGUUGUUCACGUAUGUAAAUAAUAUUGUGUAAUCAAGACAGAUUAGGUAUACCACUGUCUUAAAAAGGUAACUGUUUUAGCAGUGAAUGCAAUAUAAAGUAAAAAUGAAUGUGAUUAAUGCACUUUUUUUCACUCGGACUGCAAAAUAAGUUUGGGUUUGUUUUGAUGUCCUCGUUGUGUAAAAGCAAUAUCAAGUUAUUAAACAAUUUAAGAUUGACACACUAGUGUCAGAUUAUAGCAAUGAUUAGGAGCUGCCCCCUACAGCCAAAGGGAUGCCACAACUUUUCCUUAAAAGUGCUGCAGUGUGCGUGUGCGUGUGUGUAUAAAUAUAAUAAAUGUGUGCGCAUGUAUGUGUGAGUGUGAACUAUAUAUAUGUGUAGAUUCCUUUUUCUUUCCUAUGGGUGCAGAGCCUUACUGAGCACAUGCUUCAAGCACCGUCUGUACAGGAGACACGUUUAUAAAUGUCUCCAUUCUCUCUUUCAUCAGUCAUAUUAUGAUUGUAUCAUACUGACGAUUAUUGUACAAAAAGAAAAUUGAACUAAAAAUAUUAAUAAAAAAGAGUGGACAAGC